UAUGUAAGCAAUUAAAUUAUUUAUCUUCAGGUCAAAUAAACAAAUAAUAAUAUUCAAUAUCUUGGGUAAAAGUCUUCAUUCAAUCGCAAUGAUACGCAAAUUUAUUUAUUUAUGUUCAAUCAUAUUAAUAAUUAAAAUAAUAAAAGGAGAUGACGCGUGUCCAAGUAUUAUUUCGAGAUUACAAUGGCAGGCUAGAGAAGUUAAGAGUUUAAAUUAUAUCAUAAAUCCUUUGGCUUAUGUUGUUGUUCAUCACACUGCUACUCCGAAAUGUGAAACAAUCGAUUCUUGUUCAAACCGUGUAAGAAGUAUUCAAGAUUAUCAUAUGGAUGAGUUGUUUUGGGGUGAUGUAGGAUUUUCAUUUUUUAUUGGAGGAGAUGGUAAUGUAUAUGAAGGAGUUGGUUGGAAUAAAGAAGGAGCUCAUACGUAUGGAUGGAACAAAAAAUCAAUAGGAAUAGCAUUUAUUGGAUCGUAUCAAACGCAAAAAGCAAGUGAGAAGAUGUUACAAGCAGCUGUUAAAUUAAUUUCUUGUGGAAAACAUGAGGGAAUGUUGAGGCCUAAUGUAAAAGUAAUUGGAGCAAAUCAAGUCACAAGUACAGUGAGCCCUGGAGCUAAAUUAUUUGAACAGAUUAAAAAUUGGCCAGAAUGGACAUCGAAUCCUUGAGAGAUUCUCAAUAUAUUUUAUUUUCUAAUAUUAAAUAUUAAAUUUAUAAAAUUAUUAAUCUUAGUACAAUUUGGUAUUUUUUUCCAAAAUAUUUUUUUUUUUUUCAAUAACCCCUGUGUCCCCUUUGAAACUUUAAAAAUAAAGUUGAACAAUUUAAAAAAUAGUAAAAUUUUAAGUAACUUACGAAAAAAAAUCUGUCUAUCGGUUGAACCUGCGGGCCAGCCCUAAAACUUCCCGCUGUUUUCGAGCUCUUUGAGCUCGAAAACUUUGUCGAGAAUACAUUUUCGAGCUCUUCGAGCUCGAAAAUACUUUUGUAUGCCGUUCUUUUAAAAAAAAAUAGUUUUUUACCAUUUUUUCUCCAACGAUAUCUCUCAAACGAAUUGACCGAUUGAGACGGUUGAAGUGGCAAUCGACGCGUUUUAUCAAGUUCUAAAGCUGAUCGAAUUUUGAAUUCGAUUUAUCGAGUUGUUUUUGAGAUAUUUCAAAAAAAAUAAAAAAAAAUUUUUUUUUUAAUUCAUUCGACAACGGUUUCUCUUGAACGAAUGAACCGAUUUUGAUGGUUGAGGUGGCAUUCGACGCGGCUUAUAAAGCUCUAGAGCCCAGUCCAUUUUGAAAUCAAUCCAUCGAGCACAUUAAAAGUUAUCCAAAAAAAACAUUUUUAAAAAAAUUUUAUUUUUGGAAUAUCUCUGAACGAGCCCUACCGAUCAAGCUUAAUUUCUCACAGCUUCAAGAUAUUGACCAACCGCGUCAAAUGACACCUUAAAGUUCAAAAUCGGUUCAUGCGUUCAAAAGAUAAAGGUAUUUACAUACGUACGUACGUACAUACAUACAUACAUACACUCGGAUAUCAUCUUGAAAUAAGUCAGAAUAGCUUCCUAGGACCUCAAAACGUCGACAUCUGAUGAAAAUUCGAUUUUUGUAAAUCGGACCGAAACCAAUAACAUCCCGAAUUUUUGAAAAUUUACAAUUUUCUUAGCGGGAAGUUAAAAAAUUUGCAAUUUUUUUCCUUUUGCAAAUCUUUGUUUUGUGAUAUAAGAUAAAUUUGACCUAAUUUCGUCUAAAUUGAAAGGGGCCGAUUCCAGCUAUUGGUAGAUUUGAUAUGUAAUGACCCAUAUAUAUUAGGGUGAUUAUCCCUCGUGAAUAUCUUUAUACCACCAAUAGUUUAACAGCUAAACACUGUUAAAUUGUAAUUUUUUUUUUAAUUUAAUUUCAAUGUAUAUAUUGUCCCAAGAGACCUCAAAAAAUUGAAAUUAAGAUCUUAAAUUUGGUGAGAAUUUUUUAUUUUUCAUAUGCUACAAGUUUUUUGAGUGGGACUUGAAAAAAAAAAUUUUGGUCUAAAAUGAAUCACCCUAAUAUAUAUAUGUUUUAUACAAUUCAUCAA